UAAAAGCUACAAACCAGUGAAGUGCGCGUUUUUACCAAGCUCCCGUUCUAAUUUCUUUAAUACGGUCCGAAAUAAGUCCAAGUGUCGGUUAGUCGGUCGGUCGAAGUUAAGAUCACUCCAAAGUGCGUCGAAAAGUUGCCAGUGUCGUGCCAAGUGCCCAGUUUUCUCCCGAAACAUUGGUGCCGAAACCCGGGAGGCAGUUGCAAUUUCAUCGCCAUCACACGGUGGUGCACAUCUGGCAUUUUCGUCGUCGUCGUCAUUAUCGCCGUCCACCGGCCGAACAACAAUCAUUCGCAGUCGGGCACAAUCAACCACCAUCAUCGUCGUCGUCGUCGUCGUUCCCGGCCAAGCGAAGAUCAUUCCCCGUCGGGAUCCAUCAACCACUACCAUCGUCGUCAUCGCAUUCCCCGUCGGGAUCCAUCAAUCAAUCGUCGUCGUCGCCCUUGCCGAACAAUCAUUCGGCGCAAUAACAACCACCGCCGGUCGGAGUCGAUCGUCAUCAGGUGCGCUCCAGUCGGCGUAGUCAUCAACGUGUGGAUCAUCAUCACUUCGUCGUCGUCGUCGUCAUCCGUCGUUUGCUACAGCAGCAGCCGUAGCAGAACAACAGCGGAUCGUGGGAUUUCGUUUACAUCGGACGGAAAGUAAACACCCAGAAGGGGGAGAGUUGGGUAAAAAGCACCAAGUAGCAGAAAAGCAGGUAUUUGACAAACUUUUUUUGGUGAAGAGAAAUUGAUCAAAAUGACGCCUCCGAAGAAGGCAACUAGUAGCAAACAAACCAAAUUGAAGCUACUGUACCGUCGCCGGACCAACAUUUUGGGUUCCGCAAAUUUGAUCAAGAAAUUUAACGACGGGUUCGAUCCCACUCAAGAAGGUCAAUUGCCCAUACGCAUUCAACGUCUUGAUGCGUUGUGGCGUGAAUUUGAAGAAACGCAGGAGGAAAUUGAGGUUUUGGAGGACGCUGAGGAAGAUUUCUUGGAAGAGAGGGAAGAGUUCCAAACCUUGUAUUUCGAAUUAAAGGCGUCAUUACAAAGCAAAAUCCCUGUUCCACCACCUGCACCCACCCCCGCUCCUGUUCAACCACUCUCUUCGGCUGUUCCCAUCUCGUCGAGCGUUCGUCUGCCGGAGAUUAAGUUGAAGGAGUUCUCUGGGAAUCUCGAUGAUUGGGUUUCUUUUCGCGAUCUGUUCGUCUCGCUUAUUCAUUCGAGCGUGCAGCUAACGGCGGUACAGAAAAUGCACUAUUUGCGUGCGACGCUUUCUGGCGAAGCGGCUCGCAUCAUUUCUUCGCUCGAGAUUUCCGCCAAUAACUAUCUCGUAGCGUGGAAUUUGUUGAAGGAACGUUUCGAAAAUCCGAAUUUGCUGGUCAAGCGGCACAUGUCUGCCUUGCUUACGAUUCCUUCACUGAAGAAAGAGUCUGCACAAGGACUCGCAGAUCUCGCCGAUGAGUUCAAUCGGCACGUGCAGCUUCUGGAUAAACUCGAAGGUGCUGAGAACCACUGGAAUGCUUUCUUAGUCGAACGAUUGAGCCAAUGUUUGGACUCGGUCACACUCCGUGAGUGGGAAACAUCCGUUUCCAAUAGUGACGAGUACCCCAAGUACCAAGAACUUCUCGAGUUUAUCCACAGAAGAUCGCGAAUCAUACAAACCCUUAAGCUCUCCCAAACGGCAACCACCCAAUCCGAGAUCAAACAUCCCAAAUCCCGAUCCGUCGUGUCGCACGUUGUAUCCGACAAUGUUCCCAAGUGCGCCAGCUGCAAGCAGGCACAUUUCCUGUUCCAGUGCGAACAAUUCCGAACGCUCUCUCCUCAACAACGGUUCGAAGUCGCGAAGAAGCACGGGCUGUGCAUUAACUGCCUGAAGGGAACACACCAAGCGAAGAACUGCUCCAGCGGAUCCUGUAAGAGCUGCGGCAAGAAACACCACUCGUUGCUGCACCUGCCGCCCCUCUCCUCCGCUCCUGGUCCACAACCAGGGACUUCGUCGAACAAGUCCGCUGAAGCAAACACUUCGCAGUCAUGCCAAAUGUCGCACUUCGUUCCAAGUCAUGUCGAAAGCUCUCCGCCGGAAGAGCUCGCCGUUGCCUCACCACCUGUCUCGUCGGUUCGUUCGCAGUCGUCGCGCGGUAAGCCUUUCCCAUGUUCGUCGGUCGAUCUCGUUACCAAUUCCCCAUCCACCGCCUGCCAAAGCGCGGAAGUGAUUACCCAACCUCGGCAGUCAACAGUCAUUCUGUCAACAGCAGUGAUAAAAGUGAAAGACGCCGACAAUCAGUACGUUCUCGCCAGAGCCCUCCUGGAUAGUGGAUCACAGCCGAGCUUCAUCUCCGAAGCACUUUGCCAGAAACUUCGUUUGAAGCGGACAAAGCUGAACUCGCCAGUCAGUGGGAUCGGACAAUCCGUCGUUAACGUCCGCUACGCUGUGACACUAUCUCUAACCUCUCGUUUCGAAACCUUCACUGCUCAGUUGGACUGCCUCGUGCUACCAAAGCUUACCGUCUCGCUGCCUAGCCACCACAUCGACGUCGCUCGCUGGAGAAUCCCAAGGAAUCUCCCUCUCGCUGAUCCACAGUUCAACAUCAGCCAAGGCGUGGACAUCAUCAUCGGAGCUGCUCUGUUCUUCGAUCUUCUCGAGCACGAUCGCAUCUCGCUCGCCUCUGGCUAUCCAACGCUUCAGAAAACAGUGCUUGGAUACAUCGUCUGUGGAAAGCUAGAGCAGCCAACGCCCGAAGCAACAGAAGCCCAGACCUGUCACAUCUGCGUUGAAGACAGGCUCGAUACCCAGCUCCAGCGUUUCUGGGAAAUUGAAAACUUCGAUGACGGUAAAGCACUCACUCCAGAUGAACAGUUCUGCGAAGACCACUUCCAGAGCACCGUCGCUCGUGACAACACGGGCCGCUACGUCGUUCGUCUUCCGUUCAAGGAAGAAAAGGUGUCGAUGCUUGGAAAUUCGCACACCGCUGCGCUGCGAAGAUUCCAACAAAUGGAGAAAAGAUUCGCCGUCGAUGAAGAUCUCCGUCGCAGCUACACAGAGUUCAUGGAGGAGUAUGAGAGGUUGGGUCAUAUGGAGUUGGUUCCCGUCGCGUCGCGUAGUCCGCAGUUUUUCCUCCCGCACCAUGCCAUCCAGCGACCAGAGAGUACGACCACUAAAACGCGUGUGGUAUUCGACGGUUCCUGUCGUGGAGCGGCCUCGAUAUCGCUGAACGAAGCACUGUACGUCGGACCAACGGUUCAGCCGGCGCUCUACUCCACUGUCGUUAACUUCCGUCUGCCACGUUUCGCCAUAACCGCCGACGCAGAGAAAAUGUUCCGGCAGAUUUGGGUCCACCCAGAUGACCGCAAAUUCCAGCAAAUUCUUUGGCGUGGCAGUCCAUCGGAACCGAUCCGCACGUACCAACUAAAAACCGUAACCUACGGUCUUGCAAGCUCACCAUUCCAUGCUGCUCGUGUUUUGAACCAGCUAGCCGACGACGAAGGACAACGAUUCCCGCUGGCCGUGCCAGUGGUAUUGAAAGGCACCUACGUAGACGACGUGAUUACUGGAGAUGACGACCAUGACAAUAUGGCUGAGACUUGCAAGCAGUUGAGCGAAAUGAUGAAGUCCGGUGGCUUCGUGCUUCGAAAGUGGGCUUCGAACUACAAAACAGUUCUGCGUCAUGUUCCAGAAGAACUGUGGGAGACAUCGGCAGAGCUAGAGCUCGAUCGUUCGCAAGCCGUCAAAACCUUGGGGUUGUUGUGGUUCCUCCAGCGGGACGUAUUCAAGUUCAAGGUCCCUGCGCUAUCAGAUUUGCCUGCCGUGACAAAGCGGAUUGUCGUCUCCGAGAUGUCCCAACUGUUCGACCCACUCGGACUUCUUGGACCCGUGGUCGUGAACGCAAAGAUGUUCAUCCAAACUCUCUGGGCAGCAGACCUGUCGUGGGAUUCUGAGCUUGGAGAAGAUUCAGCAGCAUGGUGGAGAAAGUACCGUGCUGACAUCGAACGGCUUCACCAUCUGGAAGUUCCGAGAAGAGUUCUCUGGAACACUCAAAGUCAAUACUUCAUCCACUGCUUCUGCGACGCCUCGCAGAAGGAUUACGGAUGCUGCGUCUACAUCGUCUCAUCGGACGAGCUUGGGCAGCUCCACUCGCAUCUCCUAACAUCGAAGUCUCGUGUUGCACCACUUCGUGGACAGUCGAUUCCACGACUGGAGCUCUGCGCAGCACUCCUCGGGAGUCAGUUGGUGCACAACCUACUGACAAACACCAACUUGUCUGCACCAGUCACGUUUUGGACCGACUCAGCCGUCGCACUUCACUGGAUCAAAUCCAGAUCGAAUACCUGGAAAGUUUUUGUAUCCAAUCGGGUCGCAGAGAUCCAACGCCUGACGAAAGAUGCACCAUGGAUGCAUGUACCGACCGAUCUAAACCCUGCCGACCAUAUCUCCCGAGGAAUGCUUCCAAGCCAGAUCCUAAACGACAAGCUGUGGUGGCAUGGUCCAGCGUUUCUCACCUCCCCCGUCGACCAGUGGCCGGAGUGUGCGGUUUCGAUGCCGACCAAGUCGGAAAUUGAAGAAGAAAUGCGUCCAUUGGUAUCCCUCCCGCUGGUAGACGAAAACGUUAACAUCUUCAGCGAGUUUUCCGAGUUAGCCAAGCUAACGCGAUUCGUUGCGUACUGCUACCGUUUCCGAAACAACUGCAAAGUUCCAAAGAACCAACGCAUUUUGUCCUCGCUGUCGCCGGAAGAAGUAGACUUGGCGCUGAAGUCGAUGGUACGCCUUGCCCAGAGCCAGGAAUUCCCAACGGAAGUUCGCCUGUACCAACAACAAGAGACGGACAAGUCCGUCAGCAUAUCAUCGAAAUCGCCACUCAAGAAUCUGAACCUUUUUUUGGACGAGUUCGGACUUCUUCGGAUUGACGGACGGUUGAAGAAUCUCAACGCUCCGUUCGAUACCCGUCAUCCGAUACUGUUGCCAACCAACCACCAACUGAGCUGGAUGAUCGCCAGGUCCGUUCAUCUGCAGACGCUUCACGGUGGCCCUUCGCUACUGCUCGCCACAAUGCGUCAACGUUUCUGGCCACUUCGGGGGAGGGAUUUGGCUCGUAAGGUCGUUCGCCAAUACGUUACGUGCUUCCGAUGCAACCCAACACCUGCAAAUCAGAUCAUGGCGCCUCUACCAUCAGUUCGCCUCAGACCUGCUCGAGCCUUCGCGUAUUCCGGGAUGGAUUACUGUGGGCCGUUUUUCGUUCGUCCGCUGACUGGGAGAGGUACGUCGGUAAAGGUCUACGUCGCGUUAUUCGUGUGUUUGGUGGUGAAGGCCGUACACCUUGAAGUCGUGCCGAAUCUGUCGUCCGUCGCGUGCAUCGCCGCCGUCAAGCGCUUUGUUGCUCGUCGCGGUCGCGUCCUCGAGUUGCAUUGCGACAACGCGACUACGUUCGUCGGGGCCGAUCGCGAGCUGCGGAAUCUGCGCAAGGAGUUCCAGCAGCAAUUCCAAUCCCAGGAAUGGGCCGACUACUGCUCCGGAAAUGGGAUCACGUUCCGUUUCAUACCUGCUCGUUCUCCACACUUCGGAGGCAUAUGGGAAGCCGGAGACAUGCAACGCUCGGUCCAGGAUCUGUGGCGCUGCUGGUCACGGGACUACAUCAGCCAGCUACAUCAACGAAGCAAGUGGAGGCGGCCAUCCGUAGACGUCCGGAAGGGGCAGCUAGUACUGCUGAAAGAAGACAACUACCCCCCGCUGCAUUGGCCACUCGGACGCAUCGUCGAGACCAUCACCGGUUCGGACGGGCGGGUUCGUGUUGUCGUAGUGAGAACGGCGGCAGGCGACUACAAGCGAGCCAUCACAAAGGUCGCGGUGCUCCCCAUCGAUUCCGGAGACGAGGACACGUCGCAAACACCGUCUACAAGCAUGUUGGAUGGUUGAAACGGACGGUUUCAACGGCGGCCGGCAUGUUCAGGACUACCACAAUCACCAGCGAAAACA